AUGCCUUCGAGAACACUACUCAUCACCCUGCUGGUCUUGGCGUCUACCGUCCUCUUGUCAAGGGCCUACCCAAAGGCACAGGAGAACGAGGAGGAGCUCAAGGAAACAAAAAGGGUGCUCGUAGAAGAAGAAGAUGAUCAUCUCCUGGAAAGUGCGCUGGCCGCGACUGACAUACCAGAGGAGAUGAAGACGACUGCAGAACUCAAUGAGGGGAACAUAGGGGUUCUGAAGCCGGCUACAUCCAGACGGUGGAAAAGAUUUGCCAGGCAAUUUGAGAAGGGUAUCAGACGAGGUUGGGGUGAGGUUAAACCCUAUAUACCCUUGAUUAUGCAUGGCUUAUUUCCUGAGCUCAUGGACAGUGUGGCGGCUGAGAUGGGCCUACCGGAGGAGGAGGAAGAGAAGACGCAUGGUAAAAGAGUCUUUUCCGCCAGCAGGCCAGUUGAGAGAAGUGUCAGACGAGCUCAUAUACCUCAGGCAAAAAUAAGCAAAGAAAGUGUCGUCCCAGCGACCAAAACUUCUUCUCUUCCUUCAUCUUCUUCUCAAAGUCAGAAUUCCGUGUACAGAAUCAAAUACUAUAUUGUGCUAACUGGAAUAUGUAUGCUUCUUCGCUAA